AUGGUGGCCUUUGAGGGCGCUGGUUCACCUCCUCGACAGCGCAGUCCUGCCACAGGCAAUCCGAAAUACCACUACGACGGCCUCCAUGACAUAGGCACGAGUUCAGCUACUAGCGCACCACACACUAGACGUCGUCCAUCACGCACCAGCUCGGGCACCAAGGGUACUCCACCUUCGGCCUCACCGCCACGCAGCGACGACCAUGACGAGAGCGAGCAGAGAUCUAAACAGCCUCGCAACACUUUGAAGAAGCUUCUAAGACGCGACUCACAUCAUACCGACACUACUGGAUCGAGUUCGCAGGCCAAACAGGAAGAGUUGGAUGAAGAAGGCAGUAACGUUGGCUACAUGCCCCGGCUCGGUCAAAUAAGAGAAAGCAAGAGCAAGGUCAGCACACGCUCAAGACGACGAGGGAGCUCUGCCGUUGGUACUCCGGUCGAUCCGAGGGUUCUGCGCCGCCGGCAUACUGGGGACGACGCCGCGAAACGCUCGCACGCACGUGGUAAACAUAGCUCUCUGCAACGGCAUGCUGGGAACAUGGCCAACAUGUCAGAUCCCUCCCUGGUCUCGAGUGUGACGCAACAGUCAGAUGCGUCGGGUGGCAGUAACUCUACAGUGAUGCAGAGACCGUACGGCGGUUAUAGCCAAGUCGCCGAGUACCAAGAGUCUGAAGAAAGCCAGAGUCCGCCCGCAUCCACGGCGAUGCAAAGCAUUACAUUCAACAACAUGGAUGCCGCUCAGGCAGGAGUGUUUCAGUUUCUACAAUCUGAAGACACGCCUGGAAGUCCUACGCCUACGGACCUUCAGGCUAUGCCUCCAUCGACUAUUGCCUCGUCAUCGUCUUCCUCGUCAGGUGACACUCAGCAUGACGACGGCCGAUCAUCAGUGGCAGCAGACUCACAGCAUCCUGACUCCGCCAUGACUUCACCAGCCUCCACGCGGCGGUCCCUCCAGACGGCAUCCCACCCUCCCAACCAGGAGUAUCGUUCAUUCAAGAAGCCGUUGUACGCCAGUAGCUUUGUGCAUGGCCCUGGAGAUGACGUCGAAGCCAACCAAGAAGAGGGCAGUGAAGAGGAGAGUGAAAGUGGGUCAGAGAGCGAUGAGGAAGUCAAUCAAGGAAACCAGAUGCCCAACAAACAGCCGGCAGUAACGACCCCUCCUCGAGCUCCGUCGACGACGUCUCAUCAGAGUGAUCCGCACGCCAGACGUCUCAAGCAGCAGGAACGCGAACUUGCUAGCCACAUCUUCCAGAGGCCACAGCCGUACGGAGACUACCAAUAUGGGGCAGAACAGCACCCCUACGGUUAUCCACCGAUGCCGAUGUACAACCAGCAAGGCUAUUCUGGUGCAUCUCCGGCUCCAGUGCCUGCGGCAAUCAAUUCCCCACCAGCAUGGGCGCCGAUGCCUUCAUUCCCAGCUCCGCUAGCCAUAGGAUAUGCGCCUCAUCAGUCCCCGGAAGCAGUGCAUGCGCAUCCACUAUCGAUACGGCCACCUGACGGCCAGCUCCAGCACGUGCCGCCACCUUUCACCCCACAUCCAGGGCAGCCGCCACUCUAUCAACAGCACGCGCCACUGCCCAACCAGACCCGACAAACGGUGGUGGGAUAUGAACUCCUCGCCAACGAGCUUAGCGGAUCGACUCCGCCCAGCUCCCAUGGCCGGAAGAAUCUCGUGCCCAUGUACCGAAAGUUUGAGCAUCUAAACCACCGCGUCUUGCUCCACCUCCAAGACGAAACAUGCGAACUGGAAGAAGAGCUGCGUCACCUAGACGAAUGCAUAGCCCAGAUAUCGCCUCGAGAUGCGUCAGGGUACGCGUACCCUGCGUCGCGGCGGGGUGACGCACGCUACGGAAGUGAAAUGCACUUCAAGAGGACCGAACUCCUGGGGCGCAUUUACCAGAAGCUAGAGCAAUACAACAAGGCUUUAUCUUCGUUUAGCAAGCUCUCCAAAAGUCUCGAUCCCGCGUCUGCGGAAGAUAUCACAGCCUAUCGCGAGUGGAUGGAUGAGCAUGACCCGAUUAAUGAAGAGGAAUCCCAAUUUCUCGAGGAAGACGCCGACCUCGUGACUCUUCCGCGGAAAGUUCCUUCUUCCUCCUCAUCUUCUUCUGCUCCUCCCAGCACGGCAGCUCCGACUGCCGGCCAAGAUCAGUCAGCAAUAUGGUUUCCACUAACCCUGGUACUACCCCUCAUGGCGUUUGCGAUAGUCCCCAGCUUGCUCGGACGGCUCCUCGUUAUCGUGCUUAUCGUUGGUGCGGAGCUAAAGAUGGUCACGUCGACCCCUCAGCUCAGGAAUAUGCUGUCUACGCGUGAGUGGGCUGCGGCAGCUUCAGUGUAA